AUGUCGAGAAUGGAGAGCGUGAGGCAGGAGCCUGAGGACUCUGGCAGGUCCUCCCUGCAGCGGUCCAUGGACGUGUUCUGGGCGGUGUCGAACCUGAGCAUGGAGUGGAACAAGAAGCUGCUCAUGGGCUCGUUCGUGACUUCGGACAAGAAGGACCGCUACUGGAAGGAGAGCCACCGCGCGAUGGCGCAGCUGAUCGUGGACAGCAUCAAGAACCUCAAGGGGUGCUGGGUCAAGGUCGGGCAGAUCCUCAGCACCAAGCCCGGCAUGCUUCCGCGGUGCUACGUCGAGGCGCUAUCGCAGCUGCAGGACCGCAUGGGCCACAGCGACUUCGCUGAGAUCAUCGACACGCUGGAGGAGGAGGUCGGUUACAUGGACGACAUCUUCAAGAACUUCGACUCGAUCCCCCUGGCGAGCGCGUCGAUAGCGCAGGUGCACAAGGCCAUGCUGCACGACGGGAACGUGGUGGCGAUAAAGGUGCAGCACCGGUGCAGCGAGCAGAACCUGCGCAACGACCUUGAGAUUUUGAAGAUGAUCCUGUGGGUGGCGCAGAGCAUGGGCCAGUACAAGCGCAUGUUCGCUUCGAUCGACGACUACACGUCCGCGGCCAUGCAGGAGAUCGAUUUCAUGAUCGAGGCGGAGAGCUGCCGGCUCGCCCGCGUGGACGCCGAGUUGUCCGGGAUCCCCAUCGUGGUGCCACGCGUCUUCGAAAAGUACUGCUCGAAGCGCGUGAUCACCAUGGAGUUCUUCGAGCUCUACAAGAUGACCGACGUCAAGUUCUUCCGGGACAACAACAUCGACGCUUCGGGUAUCGUGUACGACGUGCAGGACUUCGCCAUCUACCAGAUCCUGUCGUCCGGCCGGUUCCACGGCGACCCGCACCCCGGCAACCUGCUGCUGACGCGCAGCAAGGUGGACGGCAAGUUCUACCCGGUGCUGCUCGACUGGGGCAUGACCCAGUCGCUGACGACCAAGCAGCGCGUUGGGCUGUGCCACCUCACCUACGCGCUGUGCAUCGGCGACACGAUAGGGUGCUUCACGGGUUUCGUGGAGGCGGGGUUCGACAUGACCGCCCGUAAGGACUUCAGCUACGAGCGUUUCCUGGAGUCGCUGCUCAAGAUCUUCUCGUCCGACUUCAGCAAGGUCAUGGACUACUGCGCGGAGGACGGUUCCAUGAACCUCACCUCCGAGGACGACACCCCCGGGGAGUGGCACUACAUGGGGCGCAUGUUCAUCAAGGACUUCGUCAUCAACGCGCCGAACUUCUUCCCGAUCCUGCUGAAGGUCGUCUCGGAGUACCGCAACUACGCGAUCAUGCUGAACGUGCGGCUGCCGUUCCUGCAGAUCCUGUACAAGAACAGCGGCAACGCGCUCUACAACGUGUACUACACGCCGCUGCUGCACCUGAUGCUGAGCGAGUCCAACAAGGCCAAGUUCAUCCGCAAGGCCCGGCGCGUGAAGCAGGUGCUCUCCGCCGACUGCGUGGAGGUGACCGACGAGCAGAUCGUGACGAAGGUGCUCAUGGAAGUGUCGAGUUCGAAUAAGUCUAAGGUGCGGCUUUCGGAGCCCAUCAGCUUCCGGAAGCCCCGCGGCCUGCUGGAGGCCAAGGUGUCGGCGUUCCUGUCGCACAUCGCGAAAGACAGCAGCCUGCUGGUGGCGGCGCAGGUCUGCGUGAUGCGCAACGGCGUGGUCGAGGUCGACUUGGCGCACGGUUCGAUGGGCAAGUACGAGUGCAGACCCGUCAAGUCGGUCGCGCUCUUCCAGGUCAGCCACAUGAUGAACGGCCUGAUAGCCACCGCCGUGCUGAACCUCACGACGCACUACGACGUGUCGCUCGACGACCCCAUCAGCAAGCACUGGCCCGAAUUCGGCCAGAACGACAAGGAGCACAUCACCAUCAGGGAGAUGCUGAACCACUCCUCCGGGCUGGUGAUGCCGUACCCCAACAUCCUCCUGGUGGACAACCUGGACUACGAGACCAUGAUAAAGGAGAUCCAGCAGACUAACCUGCACAAGGAGGCCAUUGGCAUGACCAACUACGGUUACCUCUACUUCGGGUGGAUCAUGGCCGAGCUCGUUCGCCGCGUCACCGGCAAGAGCAUCGAGGAGUACAUCCUCGACCUUGCGCGCGACGUCAGCGUGCCGCUGGGCCAGCUGGUCUUCCCGUCGCUGCAGAUAAACUGGGACGUGCACGCCCCAGAGGCGCCGGUCAACGACGGGUCCUACGAGGUGGUGCACUUGGAUCCGGCGUCCGCCAUGGACCUCGAUGAGCAGAUGAUCGACAUCCCUCUGGGGUCGCCCGGCUGCCAUGAAUCGUCGGAGGAUAGCACGCCGGCGUUCUGCAAGUCGCCCGCGGUCGCGCUUGACGCGGUGUCGCCGCUGGCGGGCAGUAUGCAGGCCGCACCCGCGAUAAAGUCUGACAUCAACCUGAACGAUUCCGUUGGAAGCGCGUCGAAACUCAUGGUGCCAGACCCGCACCAAGCCUAUGGCGACGGCGGCAGCGCGGCCGCCGACAAGCGCACUUCUGCGCAGGAUACCACGACGACACUGUUUGUCGACAUCGAAUCGUCCGACACGCGUCUGCAGUCGUCCGCGGAGCUGUCGAAAUUCACGUCCGAGGAGGUGAUGGGCACCAUAGUCGCCGACGGGAAGGAGAUCCCGAUGAGCAAGUUCACGAUGAUCCAGACGCAGUCGUGGGCGAACAAAAGCCUCGACUCGAGCGGCUCGCACGACAUGUUGGACCUGCUCCCUCCGGACGUCACGCAGGGCAGUUCGCCCGACAACGAGUUGGCGAAUCCGCAGGGGGACGUGGAGUGCGUGGGCCUCGAGGCGACGGUCGACAUCAACGAGGUGCUGAUGAGCAAGGACGAGUUCCUAGCUCUGCCGCAGAAGUCGGACGCGCUGCCCACCGCGGAGCAGAACAUCAACAACGCCAAGGCGAUAAAGCGGUCGAAGCGGCGGCGCUGCGUUGGACGCAUGCUGCUGCGUCUCGGCGCGGUCGCGCGUGAGGCUGUGGAAACCGCGGCGCCGCAACGCCGCUGCUGGUGCACGCUGACGGCCGACAGCGAUGAGCUGACGUACCACCGCUGCUUCUACCCGUCCAGCCGGUGCCCCGUGCAGACCCGGUUCGUCCGGCACCACCGCACGCCGUUCAUGCGUCUGGAGGAGCUGGACGUGGCGGAGACGGAGAAGAUGUUCAACCAAAACAUUGCGGAGGGCACGAACGGGCGCUACGACCCCGUGCUGGUGUCCGAUAACGACGUGGUCACCGACGACGAGGAGCUCAGCGAGUUGGACCUCAUGGAGGAGGACCAGCGGCUGAGCCGUCUGCGUCUCCGGAAGUUCAUCAUGAAGCGUAACCCCGUCCAGCGCGUGUUCCACCACAGCAACUACGACGUGAUCAACUACCGGUGCAUCAUCACCGACCCGAUGAGCCUGGAGUACGAGUCCAUCUACCAGAAGUCGGUGCCGGGUCUGAACGGGCGCGCGAGCGCCGUGGCCCUCAGCCGCUUCUACCAGGCCGUGCUGGACGGCACGCUAGUGGACCGGCGUCUGCUCGCGGAGGCCGAGCGCACUGUGGCGGUGGACCGCAGCGUCAUCACGAAGGUGAUGACCGCGAUGUACACCCCCGCCUGGGGCCUGGGCUACCAGCGCUUCCACCUGCGUCGGCAGGGCUCCGGGGAGGAGCUGAUCGGCCUGGGCGCCGUCGACGUGUCAGGCUCGCUGACGCUGAUGGUGCCUAAGCUGAAGCUGGUGGUCACGAUGCUGUUUUCGUCCACGCGUAGCGUGGCGGUGUCGCACGUGCUGCUGUCGCUGGUGCUCGGCCACUACGGCCUGGAGCUUGCGCACGCUAACCUCAACGUUGGCGACCCCACGUCACUGUAUAGACUGUUGGCGACAAUUAAGAUUUAA